AUGAAAGCUAUAAUUAAACUGUGCACAUGUGCUCGAGUGCCAUCGUUCUCGUCAUCACUUCAGUUGUUUUCAAGGUCAAUAACAUCUUUAUCAAGCAUUCAUUCCGAAACGCCAUCAUCAACCUCAGACUAUGCUCAGUCGUAUGAGCUCAAACUGGAAUCCCUCAAACCUAAGGAGACCUUUUUGAAGACGCUGAAUGGCAAUGAACAAAAUCUAAUCAAGAAACUUGUCAAGGAAUUGGAGGUUUAUCUAUGGAUGGCACCAUCAGCUCCAGAAGUGAUGUCUGAUGACGAUUGGCGUCGUUUACUUACACAGCCGAGUCUUUCA